AUGGAGAUCUGGCGGAUUGUGUUCUUUGCUUUUUGGUUGAUUUUAAAUCUUUCUGUUCCAGUUGAAAAUGUCACAAUUAAGUAUUUGAAUCAAACUGAUUUCGUGGAAGGUCGACGAGAAAAAUUUGAUUGCGUCGCUGUCGGGUCAAAACCUGCUGCAAGCAUUUGGUGGUUCCUCACAUAUCAGAAUGGAUCGGAAAUAAGAAUUCUGGAUCCUGUUAGGAAUGAAACAACGCAAAACAAGAAAGUGUUUCAAACUGUGUCAACUCUUGAAUUGGUUUUAAACAGAGAAUACCGGAAUAUUAUGUGUCAAGCGAGAAUAGAAAACACGAGAUGGAAGAAAUCGCCUUCUGUCCCACUAGAGAUAAAAUAUCCACCGGAGAUUACAGUGAUCUUUGGCGCUACAGCGUUGCAUCAGAGAGCGUACCUUAGAUGCGAGGUACAAGCAAAUCCUACAAAAUUCGUCUUUAAAAUUGUUCAGAAAUGGGGAAAUACGAUCAAAAGAGAAAUCGAUAAGGAUUCGGUUGAGUUCCCAAGCUUUUCCCUCGAAGAUUUUGGUACAUGGGUGUGUCGAGUCAGCAAUGGGGUACCAAGGAAAGAUUACUAUGCCGAACAAUCGGUCGAACUACAUAUGCCAGUGCGUCCAUUAAUCAAAGGAAAGACGACAGAAAUAGCAAUGUUCGGAGAACGAAAAUCUUUGAAAUUGUGUUUUCAUUGUUACCCGGAAGCGACAGACGUGAAAUGGUUUAAAAAUGGCGAACUUAUUUCUUCCCCGAAAUAUUCGGAAGAGCCAGCUGACGAUGGAAUCUUCCCUUUCUCUGGCAACUGUUCGGUUUUAGAAGUCAACACCAGAGAAAAAAAAACGGUUCAUAAUUUUUCUCUCGUUGUAACGAAUUCCGUUGGGCAGAGUUCCUUCAGUGUUUUGCUGUUGAUAGGUCAGUAUUAA